CUACUUUUGCUCUUCUUUUUCAAAAAGAAUUGUUUAAUUUUUUUUUUCAAGUAUGGCAAUUCUAUCUGAUUAUACUGAAGAAAAUCAAGAACAACCUAUGAAGUCUAUCGAAAAAAAGCAAGAAAAAUCUUCUUCUUCAGCCCCAAAAGAAGAAGAAAAUUCAUCUUCACCCCCAAAAGAAGAAGAAAACAAGAAGCUAAAGCCAAACAAAUCCAAUGGCCUUGACAUGGAAAAUUAUUCAUGGGGACAAUCUCUUCAAGAAGUUACCAUCAAUGUCCCAGUUCCUCCUGGUACAAAAUCAAGAUUCUUGGUUGUUGAAAUCAAGAACAAUUCCCUCAAAGUUGGACUCAAAGGUCAACUAUUAAUAAUAGAUGGUGAAUAUUUCAAAUCAGUGAAAGCUGAUGAAUGUUAUUGGAGUUUAGAAGAUCAGAAAGAAAUUUCAAUUCUUUUAACUAAACAAAACAAAUCUGAUUGGUGGAAGAGUUUAUUCAAAGGUGGACCAGAAAUUGACACACAAAAAGUAGAACCAGAACCUAGUAAAUUGUCCGAUUUGGACACAGAGACAAGGGCAGCAAUUGAAAAAAUGAUGUUUGAUCAAAGACAAAAGCAGAUGGGACUUCCAACAAGUGAGGAAAUUACAAAUCAAGAUAUGCUUAAGAAAUUUAUGGAACAAAAUCCUGAUAUGGCUAAGAAUUUUGCUAAUUCUAAGAUGAUGCCAAAUUCUAAGAUGAUGGGCAUGGGAUAAUUGCAUCCAAAUUUUAUUUUUGUUGAUUUUUUUUUAAAUCUCUAGUAGAUUUAGUUUUUUUUUUUCAUACCAGUAUGAGAGUGGAACUAUUGUUGGAGUUAGUUUUUUUGUUUUGUUUUGGGAUUUGGUGUGGUUUUAUUAUUUGGUCAAUGCAUAAAUCAAUUACUCUUAAUUUUUUCUAUGAUUC